CGCAUGCCGAUACUGACGCCCGGUUACUACCUGAAAGAUCGGGCCUCUCUCCUUUUUAUUAAGUCUUUUUCUUUUUCAUUUUACUGUUGCUGUUCCUGUUGUUUUUGUUCUUUCCUUCAUUUUCUCUCGUUUUUGAAAUAAUAAGAGAAUGGCCAUUGCGAUUGAAGGCGAGGAGGUACAAGUCUGCCCUGAUUUUGAGAGGAGUGAUGAGGAUGUCAAGAAGCUUGAGAUCGACCAUAUAAAUUCCAUUCCAUCAAUCGAGAAGGAGACCGUCGAGGAGGUUAUUGAUCCCUUCGGAAAUGAGGAGACAGCCGAUGUGAAAUAUAAAGUCUUAACGUGGUGGCAAUGUGGACUACUCAUGAUCGCGGAGACGAUGUCUCUAGGGAUUCUGGCGCUCCCAUCAGCAGUCGCGAUUUUGGGCCUAGUACCUGCUAUUCUUGUUCUCAUUUUCGUUGGCCUUCUGACAACGUACACCGGCUACACAAUCGGCCAAUUUAAAGCUGCCUAUCCGAAGGUCCAUAGCAUGGCUGACGCCGGAGAGAUUCUUAUGGGCCGAUUUGGCCGUGAGUUCCUCGGCGCUGGACAAUUACUCUUCCUAAUAUUCAUCAUGGGAAGCCAUCUCCUUACAUUUGUCGUCCUGAUGGACACUCUCUCGAAUAAUAGAACAUGCAGUAUUAUUUUCGGCGUUACGGGAAUGUUGAUUUCAUUAAUUCUUACUCUACCCCGAACACUUCAGAAGGUUUCUUGGUUGUCUAUCAUUUCGUUUUCUAGUAUUAUAAGUGCUGUGAUGAUUACAAUAGUAGCACUCGGCAUUCAACGAGUUGGCACUGGCAUUGAUAUGUUUGUAAAGACAACUUUUGCGCGCGGCUUCUUGGCAGCUAGCAAUAUUGUCUUCGCGUAUUCGGGCCACGUAGCAUUCUUCGGAUUUGCAUCUGAGCUCCAAAACCCUCGCGAUUACACCAAAUCCCUGCUUACUCUCCAGACAACCAACACGACCGUUUACACAAUCGCUGCUGUCGUCAUCUAUUGUUUUGCUGGAAGGGAUGUUGCAUCGCCAGCUUUGGGCUCAACAGGGCCUGUUGUUAGCAAGAUUGCAUAUGGCAUCGCGUUCCCCACUAUCGUUAUUGCCGGCGUCAUCAACGGACAUGUUGCCUGCAAAUACGUAUACGUCCGGCUAUUCCGUGGCACAGAUCGCAUGUCGCAACGAAGUUUCGCUUCAAUUGGCGCAUGGGUUGGUAUCGCUGUUUUUCUCUGGCUCAUGGCCUGGAUCAUCGCAGAAUCAAUCCCCGGCUUCAACAAUCUUCUCAGUUUGAUCACUGCCCUCUUCGCGAGUUGGUUUACUCUCGCCUUAAACGGUUGGUUCGGGCUCCACCUGGACAAAGGCAGCUACUUCUCCAGCCCGAAAAAGAUAAUGGUCACCUGUCUCAACAUCUUUUGCGUCGGUAGUGGCAUCUUCGUUUGCGUCUUUGGUCUCUACGUCUCUGGAAAAUUCAUCAGUGAGGAAACGGCUAUCCACGGCAGUUUCACCUGUGCCAGCAAGAUCUGAUUCCGGAAACCAUUCCAUUCUACAUAUGAGCUCGUAGGGAAUAAGGUUUUCAGGAGGUGGAGAAUUUCCUUUUUCUGAGCUUUGUUUACCUUUUUUUUUAUGCCAUUCGUCCGCGACCUCUCAAACCAUUGGUGCUUGCUUCGGGGUUGAUUCUUAACCUCUAACCUUAUUUUUAAGUUACCUCGACAGUCUUCCAUUUAGGUUUAGUUCAGAACGUGCUGUUUUGUAUAUCUGUAUUAUAUUGUUUUUUUUUUUUUUGAAUCUGCUUUCCUGCCAUUUAUUAUAUUGACCUUUUCUUUUCUUUUUUUGGUUUUUUUUUUUUUUGGCGCCAUUUUGUCUUCGCAUUUAUAUAUUUCUACUUUCGGUAGAAGCGAUGGGCGAGGUGUAAAUAAGAAACGGGAGGGGCUGAAGAAAUGCCAAGCAAAGGCACAGCCAUGUAAAAUAAGCUUUUUUCCUUCUGUAACCAACCAAAUGCCGUUGUGCACACGGGUUAGGUUAUAACUGUGAAACUGUUGGCUAAAGAAGGUUAUUUGCUCAUCACCUGACCCUCCAGGACGUGUCCAAGGAUCAAUUUAAUGCAUAC